AUGUCGUAAUUUCAAUUUAAUUUAAGUCAAAAAGAAAUAGAAAAAAGUGAAUACGAAUACUAAUCUUAAAAAAAGACUAUAUACUUAUUAUCUUUUUCUUUUAUGCUAAUGUGCUCUGCUUAUAGUUCUACAUCGAAUUUAGUUGCUACAUUAUAUAAAAACUUAGAAUAUAAUAACUUAGGAUUAAUAUCAUUAUUAUUAUUGAAUUUAAUAUAUGGUUUCUCAAGUUUAUUUUUAGCUAAAUAUAUAAUUAAUAAGAUUUCAUUUAAAUUUACAUUCAUUAUAAGUUCGAUUGGAUAUAAUUGUUUCACAGUUUCGGGAAUUUGGGUUUGUAUAUGUAAAGAUUCAGAAUAAAAUACAUAACUAUGUUCACCUGAAUUGGUAUAUUUUAUAGUACUUUUUUUUUCUACACUAUGUGGAGUAGCUAUGUCUAUAAUAUGGGUUGCUUAAGGAAGCUAUAUAGAUAGUUUAUGUAAAAACAAUGGAGAUAUGAGAGGAGAUUUAUUUGGGAUUUUUAGCGCUAUUUCUUAAGGUUCGAUUGUUUUAGGAGCUGUAUUAAGCACUUUUUUAAUUAAAUAUUUAGAUAAUGUCUAUUUUUUUAUUAUAAUGGCAUGCUUAGGAUUAAUCCCGACUAUAUUUUUUAGUUUUAUACCUAAUAUAUAAUAAUAAAAUGAUAAAUAAUUUUCUAUAAAAGAAAAUUUAAAAAAUGUAUUUAAUGUUUUAUCGAGUAAAAAAAUUAAACCUUUAAUACCUUUUAUGAUAAUGACUGGUAUUAUAGUAGGUUUUUAUUCAGGCUUUUUAAACAAAAUUGUCGAAAAUUCUAUUGGAUUUUCAAAUAAAAUGAGUAAAGAUUAAAUAGCUGAUAUAAAAAGUGAAAAAUUAUGUUAUGUAUUGAUUUUUUUAGGUAUUUUUGAAAUAUUAGGUGGUAUUUUUUCAGGAAAAUUAGUUGAUUUUAUAUGUGUUUAUAAAAUGGCAAGUUUAGGUACUUUAAUUUGCUUAGGAGCUGUUAUGUUGUGUUUUUUGGGAAUUUUUACUAAGAAUUAUUUAGUGUGUUUUUUUGUUGCUUCUUUUUGGGGAUUUUGUGAUUGCUUUUUUUAAAAUAUUACUUCUAUUAUUGCUUCUUAGGAUUUCGAAGGGUAAAUAGAAAUUUUUCAGAUUUUUAGGGUGAUUUCUUCCUUUUCUUAUGUAGGAUUUUAGGCUUUGAAUAUUUUAUUAUAAAAUUAAGAGUCUUAUAUUUUGUGUAUGAUAAUAAUGGUAUUUUUAAUGUUUACUAAUUUCUAAUCUUUAUUUUUUUAAAAAUCAAAUUAGGAAAAAUAAAUAAGUUUAAAAAUAAAUACAUGA